AUGAAUUCCUUGUCGUCGUUGUCCUCCUCCCUUAGUACGCGCCUAUCUCCGCAGCUGAUCCUAGAUCUCGUCUCUCCGGCGCUCUCUGUUGCUUUUGUCCUGUUGCUCCCUCGGCGGCUGCGGCAGCUCAGCCGGCGACCGGCCAAGGCCAGAGACGGUUGGCUUGGACAUGUCAAGCUCUUCGCGAGCCUGUUGUUCCUGUCUCUUGAAACUGCCGCCGCCGCUUUCCUCUCUCUGCGCCUAGGAAGCGUCACCCAUCUCCAGCUGGUCGCGUCAGUCGCUGCUCCGGUUGCUGCCCUGGGUCUGGUCGUGCUGUCGCGUCUCGAGCACCAGAGAUCGGCAAGGCCUUCGGACUUAAUCUCUGUUUACCUCUGGCUCUCUCUGCUCUGCGACGUGGUCCAUCUCACGCUGCCCUCGCUGCGCCAUCUAGACAGCCACGCUCGCGCAGUCUUGGCUACACGGGCUGUCGCCAAACUUGUCGUCCUGAUUGUCGAGUCUUUGAGCAAGGGCCCUGACGUGCUCGACAGCCGUGGCCACGUCCCAACCCCCGAGGAAAGGUCCGGCGUCUUUGGAAGAGUCCUUUUCCUGUGGGUCAACGGGGUCCUCCGGAGAGGAUACUACAACACAGCCUUGGCCGUCAGCGAUCUCCCGCCCAUAGACUAUAAACUGGCUGCAGAGCCUCUCAGGUCGAGGAUCCUGCAGGCCUGGACGCAAAGCCGCGCACCAUGGCUCCCCCGGGUACUUGUCAAGAGCCUCGCCGGCCCAUUCGUUUCGGUUGUUGUGCCUAGGCUCUGUGUCGUCAUCUUCCGUUAUGCGCAGCCAGUCCUCAUCAGGUUUGCAAUCGACUUUGCCCAGUCUGCAGACGAAAAUCCGGAUACCGGCUAUCUUGUCGUGCUUGCCGCCAUCGCCGUCUAUGGAGGCCUCGCAGCAUCAACAGCCGUGUACCAGCAUAGCCUGAACCGGCUACAAGUCAUGAUCCGUGCUGCCCUCACCGGCCUCAUGCACGAACGUACCCUACUCGCGCCAAGCGAUGCCUUCAGCCAUGGCCGAAUCGUGGCUCUCGUGACGACCGACGUGGUCGCGGUAGAGGGCGCCGCUGAAAUGUUCCAUGAAAUCUGGGCUCGACUUAUUGAAGUGAUCGUCGGAACGGUGCUGCUCCACAGGCAGGUAGGGAGGCUGUGGCCGGUGCCAUACAUCAUCAUCGUUGCUUGCUCGCAGACGAGCCGAUAUGUGGCUAAGCAUAUGAAGAGCCGCCAGACGGCGUGGAAUGUUGCAACACAGAAGCGCAUCUCCACGACCACGGCCGCGCUGGUUUCCAUCAAGAACAUUAAGAUGCUGGGCAUGCAAGACGCCGUCGAAAGGCAGAUGAUCGAACUACGAAAACACGAGCUUGCCAUGGCGGGCCACGUGCGGCGUAUAAGCUUCAUAUACAAUGCAAGCGCAAACGCGCUGGGCAUGUUCACGCCCGUCAUCACCAUUAUCCUCUUUGCCGUGCUCGCGAGGCUUUCUGGCAGAGCUCUCGACACCAAGACGGCGUUCCCGACCAUUGCUGUUUUGGGCCUGGUAACGCACUCGGCCAACAUGGUCAUGACAUUUGGCCCCAGAGCGGUGACCGCAUAUGCCAGUGUUGAGCGACUCCAGGACAGCCUACAAGAGGCACGCCAGGACGAACGAAUCGGUCCCGUGCAGGACGCCCAUAGUAACAGCACCCGCAGUCCGGCCAGGCUAGCGAUUUCGAUCAAGAACUUGAGCAUUGCCUGGCAACGCAACGGCGCCAGCAAGACGGUUCUCGACGGCGUUGACCUUGAGGUGGCCCUGGGUAAGAUCGUGGUCUGCUCGGGUCCUGUUGGGGCGGGAAAAACCACGCUGGCGCGAGCCAUUCUGGGAGAGACUCCGAUCACGGCUGGAACAAUCGAGCUAUCGACACGUCGUGUUGCCUACUGCGCGCAGACGCCGUGGCUGGCUAACAAGACCAUCAAGGAGGUAAUCUGGGGGCCCUGCGCCGACGUCGACGAGACAUGGUAUCAAAGCGUCACUCAGGCCUGCUGUCUCGGCGAGGACCUUGCCGCUCUCCCUGAGGCAGAUGGCACAGUCGUGGGCGGCGACGGCAUGAACUUGUCGGGCGGACAACGGCAGCGCGUGGCUCUCGCCCGCGCCGUCUUUCAGCGCUACGACGUGGCAAUCCUCGAUGACCCCUUCAGUGCCUUAGACGGCAAUACCGAGGAGCUUAUCGUGAAGAACCUGCUCGGUCUAGGGGGCCUGUUCCGGCGCUUGGGGACGACCGUCUUCUGGAUUACCAAUUCCACACACCAUUUCGAACUCGUCGACCAUGUCAUCGUGCUGGAUGGGCGCAUCAAAGAGCAGGGCCACUGGAGCCAGCUCAAGGCAAAGGACCAGCUGAUUGCCAAGCUCAUCCACCAUGCAGACGACGAGCAGCGGGUCCCUGGCGAUGGUUCCAAACAGGCUACGGCAGUCGAGGAGAAGGUGGAAUGGUCGUCUAAGACGGCGACGCAGACGUCGGCAGAAACAAACCGGGCCACGGGAGAUCUGUCUCUCUACGGGUACUACUUUGCGAGCGCCGGCGUGGCGAACGUGGCAAUGAUGGUUACCUGUGCGGCGUGGUACUCGUUCUUCAUCACGUUUCCGCAGUACUGGAUGAAGUGGUGGACCGAUGCUGCCGGGAGCCACACUACCUUCUACGUGGUCGGCUACGCGCUGCUGUACAUCAUGGCUUGGGUCUCUACCAACGGCAUCAUGUGGUUUAGGGUGGAGCGAAUUGCCCCGAUAUCAGGCCUUUUCCUGCACAAGCGUCUAGCAGAGACCGUUCUGCGAGCCCCCCUUUCAUACUUCUCCGCCACAGACACGGGCACCAUAUUGAACCAUUUCAGCCAGGAUAUCCAGCUCGUGGACAAGCGGCUCGCCAUGGCCGUCUCGACUCUGGGAGUCCAGGCCUUCAGACUCGGCAUGCAGGCAUCACUAAUCUUUGCCGUGCAGCCCAUCAUGGGCGCCACCCUGCCGCUCUGUGCUGCCAUCGUCUACGUGGUGCAGAAGUUUUAUCUACGCACGACGCGCCAGCUGCGCCUGCUCGAGCUCGAGUCACGGUCGGCCGUGCUUACUACCCUGCUAGAUACGUCCAGAGGAGUCGAAACAAUCCGAGCAUUCGGCUGGCAGCGCAACAUGGCGGACGAGGCCUCGCACAACCUCGAUCUCAGCCGCCGGCCUUGGUAUCUCCUCAUGUGCCUGCACCGGUGGCUCAACGUGGUGCUCGACCUGCUUGUGGCAGGCCUGGCCAUCAGCAUCGUCGCCCUGUCCGUCGCCCUGCAUGACACAACAACCGCGGGCGGCGGCGGCGCUGGCGGCAAAAUCGGUGUGACGCUAACCGUCAUCCUCCAGGCAAAUGCCGCCCUCACGGGCCUCAUCCGGUCGUGGACGGAUCUCGAGGUCUCCCUCGGCGCCGUGGCGCGGCUGCGGACCGUCGAGAGGGACACGCCGCAGGAUGAUCGUGUUGUUUCUGACGGCGCCGCCGAGGCCGAGGCCGUGGCGAAGGCGUGGCCGUCGGCAGGCCACCUCGAGAUUGAGAAUCUUUCGGCGUCUUACAACGACAAGGCGCAGGCCUUUAGAGACGUGACUCUGGAUGUUGCCCCUGGCCAGACGGUUGUCGUCUGCGGCCGGACAGGGAGCGGAAAGAGCUCGCUUCUGCUCUCGCUCCUGGGGUUGCUCGAGACGCAGUCUGGCAAGGUGACCGUCGACGGAGUCGACAUCAGCCGCGUGCCGUGCGCGACGGUGCGGCAGCGCUGUUUCGUCACCAUCGCGCAGGACGCCUUCUUCCUGUCCCAGGCCGCGCUGCGCUUCAACCUCGAUUCAUCCGGCACGCUGGCCGACGGCGAGCUCGUCGGCAUUCUCGACAAAGUCGGGCUGUGGCAGCAUUUCGCCUCCGCCGAGACCGAACCACAGGACUCCGUCACCGAAAACGCACACGCCAGCGGCGACGCCGCCCGCGUCCCGCUUCUCGCCGCCCAGCGCCAGCAGCACCAAAAAAACAGCGCGGUGCUAGAUACGCCGCUGGCGUCGCUCCCGGCGCUGUCGGGCGGGCAGGCGCAGCUGCUGGCGCUCGCGCGCGGCGUGGCGCAAAGCCGCAGCAGCAGCUCCUCGUCAUCGGCAAGCAAACCUAUCGUGCUGCUCGACGAGGCGACGUCGUCGGUCGACGCCGCCACCGAGGCCGCUAUGUACGACGUGGUGCGCGACGAGUUCGUCGGCCGCGGCCUCACCGUCCUCACGGUGACGCACCGCCUAGGCGCGUUCGCUGCGCGCAUACGCCCCGGCCGCGAUGUCGUCGUGUACAUGAAGGACGGCCGCGUCGAGAAUGUCGUCGCGUCACCGGUGCGUGGCUAG